AUGUCACAUAACAACAAAAAACAGCGAAAAACAUGUGUUGUUGACGCUCAACUUGUGCUGCAUCAACUUCGCUGCAACGGUGUGCUGGAAGGUAUUCGUAUUUGUCGUAAAGGCUUCCCCAACAGAAUGAUCUACUCAGAAUUCAAGCAACGCUACUCCAUCCUGGCUCCCAACGUCAUUCCAGACGGUUUUGUGGACGGAAAACACGUAACCGAGAAGAUCCUGGGCGCCACUGCGCUAGACCCGACUGCUUACCAAUGCGGAAACACGAAGAUUUUCUUCAAAGCCGGCACCCUGGCCGUUCUAGAAGACAUGCGUGAUGAAAAGCUCAACAGCCUCAUCUCCUUAUUCCAGGCGCAGAUCAGAGGCUAUCUCAUGCGAAGGCAAUACAAAAAGCUGCAAGACCAGAGGUAA